AAAAAAUUCAAUUAUAGUUAAAUUGUAGGAGUAGUAGCGGAAGAAAUGCUUAAUUUUGGAAAGAAUUCUUUACCGAUUUGUUUUGCCUUGAUUUGUAUAGGCCUCGUGGUCAGCCCAAUGCCCAAUGAAUUAACAACAUCUGUUCCAAUUACAACAGAUGUUCCCAGCAAUGUUCCAUGGUCAGAACAUCAAACUAACUCGAAAAAUGAGGUCAAUGUUGAUCUUGAGAGUCCACUCUUGCCUAUGGUCAUUAAUUCCUGGACCCAUACCGAAGGCAAUGAACAUGCCUGGCAUGUACUAAACAGAACACCUGGAGGUCUUGGUGAGACGCGAAAUGCUGUGGUCGAAGGUAUUACCAGGUGCGAAAAACUGCAAAGCAGGCUUUCUGUUGGCUAUGGCGGUUCCCCCGAUGAACUGGGUGAAACCACUUUGGAUGCCAUGAUUAUGGAUGGUGCUACCAUGGAUGUGGGUUGUGUGGCGGGCCUCCGACGCAUUAAGUAUGCCAUACGGGUGGCCCGUCAUGUCAUGGAGCAUACCCGCCAUUCAAUGUUGGUGGGAGAUUCGGCCACAGAGUUUGCCAAGUCAAUGGGUUUUCGCGACGAAUCUCUCAGCACGCGUAAUUCAACGGAUUUGUGGCAACAGUGGAUAGAUAGCAAAUGUCAACCAAAUUUCUGGCGUAAUGUCUAUCCCGAUCCGAAGAUUACCUGUGGUCCAUAUAAGCCCAACCGCACGUCCAUUACCCCCGAGAAGGAGAACAGUGUUGGGAAAGAGCAUACUAUUGGUCCUGACAAUCAUGACACUAUUGGGAUGAUUGCCAUCGAUGGCGACAAUCAUAUUCAUGCCGGAACCUCUACUAAUGGGCUGAGCUACAAGAUUUCAGGACGCGUUGGUGAUUCUCCUAUACCAGGAGCAGGAGCCUAUGCAGACAAUGAAGUCGGAGCAGCAACCGCCACAGGCAAUGGCGAUGUUUUAAUGCGUUUUCUACCAACUCUACUGGCGGUUGAGGCAAUGCGUGCCGGCAAGACACCCGCUCAGGCAGCAGAAAUUGGAAUUCGACGAGUUUUAAAGCAUUACACGAAUUUUUUUGGAGCUGUCAUUGCAGUGAAUCGACUUGGUGAAUAUGCAGUUUCAUGUUAUGGCUGGGAGGAAUUUUCAAUUGUGGUUAGCAGCCCACUAAAAUCUGGCCCUAACACGCGGAUAGAAACAGUAAACUGUUUACCUCGUUCCGGUCCAAUCGAUUUUUCUGGAAUUUGAAUUAUUCCCGGUAACUUCCAACUUAGUGUUGGUUAAUUUCAAAAACAGUUCGGGCAACGUAAAAAAAUGUUAUUGCCAGACGGUUUGAAUUUAUUUCCGUUUCUUUUUGUAACAAUAAAACGAUGUUUAAAAACUUCGUCAGUUUGA